AUGCUAGAACUGGAGCCGGAGCUAAAUGAGGGAAUUGGAGUUGGAACUAAUACUGGAUUUGGAGGUGUAGCUAAUGCUGGAAUUGGAGCUGGAACUAAUACUGGAUUUGGAGGUGUUGCUAACGCUGGAAUUGGAGCUGGAACUAAUACUGGAUUUGGAGGUGUUGCUAACGCUGGAAUUGGAGCUGGAACUAAUACUGGAUUAGGAGGUGUAGAUAAUGCUGGAAUUGGAGCUGGAACUAAUACUGGAUUAGGAGGUGUUGCUAACGCUGGAACUGGAGCUGGAACUAAUACUGGAUUUGGAGGUGUUGCUAAUGCUGGAAUUGGAGCUGGAACUAAUACUGGAUUUGGAGGUGUUGCUAACGCUGGAAUUGGAGCUGGAACUAAUACUGGAUUUGGAGGUGUAGAUAAUGCUGGAAUUGGAGCUGGAACUAAUACUGGAUUUGGAGGUGUAGCUAAUGCUGGAAUUGGAGCUGGAACUAAUACUGGAUUUGGAGGUGUUGCUAACGCUGGUAAUUGGAGCUGGCAACUAAUACUGGAUUUGGAAGGUGUAGAUAACGCUGGAAUUGGAGCUGGAACUAAUACUGGAUUUGGAGGUGUAGAUAACGCUGGAAUUGGAGCUGGAACUAAUACUGGAUUUGGAGGUGUAGCUAAUGCUGGAAUUGGAGCUGGAACUAAUACUGGAUUUGGAGGUGUUGCUAACGCUGGAAUUGGAGCUGGAACUAAUACUGGAUUUGGAGGUGUAGAUAACGCUGGAAUUGGAGCUGGAACUAAUACUGGAUUUGGAGGUGUAGAUAACGCUGGAAUUGGAGCUGGAACUAAUACUGGAUUUGGAGGUGUAGCUAAUGCUGGAAUUGGAACUGGAGCUAACGCUUUGAGUUGGAAAAAGCAAUCUGUGGUCUGCAACUAG